UUGUCUUUCUUUUCCCCCUCCUUACAGAGCUUGGGCAUAUUGGCCUCGAUUCCGGCGGCCCUGCUGAUCAUCUCGCUGGUGUUUCUGCUGCUGUACCUGCUGACCAGAUGCUGCGACCGGAAGCCGCGGAAGCCGAAAUCGCACGGCUGCCAGAAGUGCACUCUGGUGUUCUUUGCGCUGGUGUGCUGCGCAGCGAUCGGGCUGGGGCUGUACGGGAACGACGAUCUGCACAACGGGGUGCUGCAGAUCUUUGGCUCCGGGAGGAAAAUCGAGGAGCUGAUACUGAGCGUGAGAAAUCAGACCGAAAUGGUGAAGUACAACCUGAAGACGAAGGUGGUCCUGUCGGAGCUGGAGGCCAAGUUCGAACAGCCGCCGCAGAUGUACAACCAAACGGCCCAGUACCUGCUGCAGGACACGGUCAAGAUGGUCAAGGACAACACGACGAUGGCCAUCAACGCGCUGGAAACGGUCGUCUACCUGACGCGGCCCUCGCACUCCGAGAUGACGCUCAACAGUUUGCUGAAUACGUACGAAUUCUACGAGGAACUGCGAUGGCCGGCCACGCUCGGUUUCCUGACGUUCCUGCUGCUGCUGUGUAUCAUUUUGGUCAUCGGAGCCACGCGCAGCUCCCGCUGUGCGUUGAUCUUCUUCAGUGUGUGCGGCCUGCUGGCGGUGACCGUGUGCUGGCUACUGUCCGGAAUCUACCUGGCCAGUGCGGUGGCCCUGGGGGAUUUCUGCAUGAAACCGAAUGAUUUCAUCUGCAGUCAGCAAAAGCUCAAAGACGUCCAGUACACGUACUGCAGCUCGGUCGGCACCAAUCGGUACGUGCUGCGCCUUAACGAAUCCAAAGACUACGUCGACCGGGCCAAAGAAGCGCUGGACAUCGUCAACCGGAUCGCCAUCAAUCUCUAUCCACGGUUUGAGAUGAGCUCCAAGAUUAACCGACUCAGCGAGGAGCUGGACGACAGUAAGCGGCAGCUGAUUGCCCUGUCGGCUAGGGCCGAUCGCCGCGCCGUCAUGGAGCACUACGCCAACGCCACCCGGGGUCUGUGCGAGGGUGGCCUACUGGGGCUGACACUGAUGCUGCUGGCUAGCUUGGUGUCGGCCGCCAUCCUCAGCCUGCUGGUGUGCGUUGACUCGCACACCUGGAUCUAUCUGACGAAGAAACGACCCUAUGAGGACAAAUCGGAAACGGCUCCGCUGUUCCCGGCGGGAGCGGCCACGGCAUCGCCUGCCUCGGCGCAGAUUACGGCCGGUACGAUGACGGUCAACCGGACGCUGCUGCACGCCCAGGCUGCGACCAGCAACGGUACCACCACCACCGGGGGUACCCUGAUUCCGAGCAGCGGCCGCAACGGAACCACACACGGAUUGCGCGGGUUGGCAUCGUACAGUGGCGACGAGUCGCCGCCGCCAGAUUAUAAUGUUGUGGUGCAUGAUAACAGAGCCUCUGGGCACCACACCCUUGGUCGGUUACCGUCGCAGCAAAGCCACCUGUCCGGGCCGAACAACGGCAAGUACGCAACGCUUAGUAAACAGUGUAAAACGCUCGAAUCGAGCGACUUCUACUGAGACUCGCCUGCCUGCAAUGUGUCAAGUGCAGGCAGCAACAAACUAGAUAAGAAACUGACCGCCUCGACCGCCACCCUCGCCGCCGAUAAGGACCCUCGUGACAUCAGUAAUAAUGGCUUCAAUCGUUUCGAUCCCAAGUAUGUGAGUAUCGGGCCUAAGGCGAUCCGAACCACCGGAAAUCAAAC